AUGUUUGCCCAUAAAGAUGAAGUAGGUGAAGCAAAAGCGGCCGAUCCUCAAGCACCAGUAACGCGAAAAGGAUUCCUAAUUUCCCUGAAAACAGGGGAACCUAAAGAAAUUCUGGAGCGGGAUGUUUACGGACGUUGUAGGCCGGUCACAGAGUUUGAGAAACUAAAUCGAAUUGGCGAAGGAACCUAUGGCAUUGUAUAUCGAGCCAGAGACACACGUACCAAUCAAAUUGUUGCUUUGAAGAAAGUCCGGAUGGACCAAGAAAAAGAUGGACUCCCAGUCAGUGGAUUAAGGGAAAUUACAAUUCUAAAACAAUGCAAACAUGAUAAUAUAGUUAAUUUAAUUGAUGUUGUCGUUGGUAAAAGCUUGGAAAGCAUUUUCCUGGUUAUGGAGUAUUGUGAACAAGACUUGGCAUCGCUUUUGGACAAUAUGGCACAACCGUUUUCUGAAUCAGAAGUCAAAUGUAUAGUACUGCAAGUACUCCAGGCUCUCAAAUAUAUGCAUUCGCGAUAUAUAAUACACAGAGAUUUAAAAGUAUCCAAUUUAUUGAUGACCGAUAAAGGCUGUGUUAAAAUAGCCGAUUUUGGACUGGCGCGUUUAAUUGGUAUACCAUCGGGACCAAUGACACCACAGGUUGUUACUCUAUGGUAUCGUUCGCCGGAAUUGCUGUUGGGAGCGCCCACACAAACAACAGCCGUCGAUAUGUGGGCUGUUGGCUGCAUUUUUGGAGAACUAUUAUCACACAAGCCACUUUUACCGGGCAACACCGAAAUUGCACAGCUAGAGCUAAUAAUCGAUUUAUUAGGCACCCCAUCGGAAGCUAUAUGGCCAGAUUAUACCAAAAUGCCUGCAAUUCAAAAUUUCACUCUUAAAAAACAGCCAUAUAAUAAUUUGAAACCAAAGUUUCCAUAUUUGUCUGCUGCAGGUUUGAGAUUAUUGAAUUUCCUAUUCAUGUACGAUCCAAAGAAAAGGGCUACAGCCGAAGAAAGCCUUCACAGUAGUUAUUUUAAAGAGUCGCCUUUGCCUUGUGAUCCUAAAUUGAUGCCAACAUUUCCACAACAUCGAAAUCUACAACAUAAUCCUACAAAGCCAGCUGUAGGUACCAGUCAUCAGCUCGGACCUGCUCCAGAAUUACCUGCUAUAUCAGAUUUAUUGGGAAGUCUUUUGAAGAAGACACGUGGAGAAUAA